AUGUUUAACGGGAUGAUGGAUCCAGAGAUGAUUCGUCUCGCUCAAGAUCAGAUGAGCCGUAUGACCCCUGCUGAUUUCGCCAGAAUCCAACAACAGAUGAUGUCGAAUCCGGAUUUGAUGAAGAUGGCGACUGAGAGUAUGCAGAACAUGAGGCCUGAAGAUUUGAAACAAGCUGCUGAACAGCUCAAGCAUACUCGGCCUGAGGAUAUGGCUCAGAUUGGAGAGAAGAUGGCCAAUGCUUCCCCUGAGGAGAUUGCUGCUAUGCGUGCCCAAGCUGAUGCUCACUUCACUUAUCAAAUCAACGCAGCUCAGAUGCUGAAAAAACAGGGGAAUGAGCUUCAUAGCAGAGGAAAUUUCAGCGGUGCUGCAGAGAAAUAUAUGCGUGCGAAGAAUAAUCUGAAGGACAUUCCAUCUUCUAAAGGUGGAGCGCUUUUGUUGGCGUGUUCCCUCAAUCUCAUGUCUUGUUAUUUGAGGACCAAUCAGCAUCAAGAGUGCAUCAGGGAAGGCUCCGAGGUUUUGGCAUAUGAUGCAACAAAUGUCAAAGCACUAUACAGAAGGGGUCAAGCUUACAGAGAUCUGGGCCUGUUUCAAGAUGCCGUCUCCGAUCUAAGCAAGGCCCAUGAAGUUUCCCCUGAAGAUGAGACCAUUGCUGAUGUGCUAAGAGAUGUUAAGGAAAAAUUGGCGGUUGAGGGACCUGGCAAGGCAUCAGCAAGAGGUGUGGUGAUUGAAGAGAUAACUGAAGAAAACACUGUUACUUCUGGAGAAAGUAGAAAACCUAUUAAAGAGACGCAACGAGAAAGCAACGGUGGUGGUCUAAAGACGGAUUUUGAUGGCUUGCAGGCUCUCAAAGACGACCCCGAAGCAAUCAGAACGUUCCAGAACUUCAUUUCAAAGACUGAUCCCGACACACUCGCUGCUUUGAGCGGAGGCAAAGCUGGAGACAUGCCACCAGACAUGUUCAAAACCGCUUCCAGCAUGAUAGGCAAGAUGUCUCCCGAAGAGAUUCAGAAAAUGGUCCAGACAGCCUCGUCGUCGUUCAAAGGAGACAGCCCUGGAGAAAACGGGUUUGCACCAACACCAGACAUGCUUAAAAUGGCGUCUGAUAUGAUGAGUAAGAUGUCACCAGAAGAGCGUGAGAGGAUGUUCAACAUGGCGUCGUCUACGAAAGCAAACGCUCCCGUUUCAACAUCGUACAGCGAUGGGGAAGGAUCUGAACCACCACGGGUUAGUAGUGUUUUAGGCGAGUCUAGUUCCUUCGUGGCUCCAAGAAGCAUGCCUUCUGCUCCGCCUGCUGACUUGCAGGAACAGAUGAGAAACCAAAUGAAAGAUCCAGCCAUGCGACAGAUGUUCACGUCUAUGAUAAAGAAUAUGAAUCCGGAGAUGAUGGCAAGCAUGAGCGAACAGUUCGGGAUGAAGCUUUCUCAAGAAGAUGCUGCAAAAGCUCAGGAAGCCAUGGCUUCUCUUUCUCCUGAAGCUUUGGAGAAAAUGAUGAGAUGGGCGGAUAGGGCACAAACGGGGAUAGAGAAAGCGAAGAAAGCAAAGAAGUGGUUGCUGGGGAAAGGAGGGUUGAUCUUUGCAAUAUGCAUGCUCGUUUUAGCUAUAAUCCUUCAUCGUCUGGGCUAAUAUUGGAAGGUAAAAUGAAACAACAAAGAGGUUCUCUUCAAGACUCCAACCCUCACAGUAAGAUCAGUCUUUUGGUUUGGGUACGUAGUUUGUAAAAACUGUAACAUGGACUCUUCUCUCUCGGAUCCUUUCCUCUAGAUUUAUUUCCAUCA